CGCGCGCGGCAGCGACUCGCAGGCGCCAUGGCGGCCGCUCGCUGCAGCGACAUGGCGGAGCCCCAGCGGCGCCUUCCCGGGCAGGCGGCGCCCGCCGAGGAGGAGGAGGAGGCGGAGGUGGCGGCGGCGGCGGCGGAGGUGGAGGCCGCCGGUGGGGCUGGAUCCUCCUCGUCGUCGCCGCCGCCGGCACCGCCUUCGGCCGCGGCGGAGCCGGAGCCGCUGCUCCUGCUGAACGGCGAGGCGGAGAGCAUGUCGGAGCCGAGCCCGGAGAGCGCCAGCCAGGCCGGGGACGGGGAGGACGAGGACGAGGAGGAGGAAGAGGAGGAGGAGGAGGGCGGUGAGGAGGAGGAGAGCAGCCUGGUGGGCAGCAGCAGCAGCACGAGCAGUGGCUGCUGCAGCGACGAGACCCGCUCGCCGAGCCCCGGCGGCGGCAGCGAGGCCGACGCCAAGGAGGAGCCCAAGGGCCCCCGGGGCAGCCAGGAGGACGGGCCGGGCCGCGGCGGGGGCGGCAGCAGCUCCAGCAGCGUGUCCAGCGGCGGCGACGAGGGAUACGGCACCGGCCCCGGCACGGGCGGCGGCAGCAGCUGCGGCAGCGCCACGUCGGGGGGCCGGCGGGGCAGCCUGGAGAUGUCCUCGGACGGGGAGCCCCUCAGCCGCAUGGACUCGGAGGACAGCAUAAGCAGCACUAUCAUGGAUGUAGACAGCACAAUUUCCAGUGGGCGUUCCACACCAGUCAUGAUGAAUGGACAGGGAGUUCCUGCCUCCUCUGCCAAAAGCAUUGCCUAUAACUGUUGUUGGGAUCACUGCCACGCCUGCUUCAGCUCCAGCCCGGAUUUGGCGGAUCACAUUCGCUCCAUACACGUGGAUGGUCAGCGAGGAGGGGUGUUUGUUUGCUUGUGGAAAGGUUGCAAAGUAUAUAAUACACCUUCAACAAGUCAAAGUUGGUUGCAGAGGCAUAUGCUGACACAUAGUGGGGACAAACCUUUCAAGUGUGUAGUUGGUGGGUGCAAUGCCAGCUUUGCAUCUCAGGGAGGACUUGCCCGUCAUGUGCCCACACACUUCAGCCAGCAGAACUCUUCAAAAGUUGCCAGCCAGCCAAAGGCCAAAGAGGAAUCUCCAUCUAAAGCUGGAAUGAAUAAAAGAAGAAAAUUGAAGAACAAGAGACGACGAUCACUACCAAGACCUCAUGACUUUUUUGAUGCACAAACACUGGAUGCUAUAAGACAUCGAGCCAUCUGCUUUAACCUCUCAGCCCAUAUAGAAAGUUUAGGAAAAGGCCACAGUGUUGUAUUUCAUAGUACUGUAAUAGCUAAACGAAAAGAAGAUUCUGGCAAAAUAAAGCUCUUGCUUCAUUGGACACCAGAGGACAUUCUGCCUGAUGUGUGGGUAAAUGAAAGUGAGCGACAUCAGUUAAAAACUAAAGUAGUUCAUUUAUCAAAACUUCCAAAAGAUACUGCCUUGCUUCUGGACCCAAACAUUUACAGAACAAUGCCCCAGAAGAGGUUGAAGAGGUAAAAACCAAGCAAGUGGGGACACCUGCAAUCUUAGUCACUGACAAUGGAUUUAGAAAUAAAGUUGCACAUUAGUCAAAUCCCA